UAAAAGCCGCGUAUGCUCUCUAGCGUCAUAGACCUCUCAAAGCGGUGGCGGAUCUUAGAUCUUGAAAUCAGCCGCACACUCCUCCCACCCCACCUCACACCUCCACCUCACCUCCUCUCUACUCUCUCCACCCAACCCCCCCGGCCCCCUCUCUCUAACUAAUAACAUCACCACCACCACCACCCAAAAUUAUGUUUCCCUCAACCACCACCACCACCUUCUCCUCUGCCUCUUCCUUCUCCUCUUCACGGCACCACCACCAGGCAUGGCUGCCUCAUCGUCCUCCGCCCAAGACCCAACUCCCACGGCCUCCGCCCGUCCAACCCCACAGCCUUCUAGAAGACUCCCCCCACCGUGUUGGACCCACGAAGAAACCGUAGCCCUCAUCGACUCCUACCGUGAAAAGUGGUACUCUCUCCGCCGCGGCAACCUCAAGGCCUCUCACUGGCAAGAAGUCGCCGACGCUGUCGCCCGUCGAUGCCGCUUCGCUACCCCAUCGAAGACCUCCGUCCAAUGCCGCCACAAAGUCGAAAAGCUCCGCAAGCGCUACCGCACCGAGAAACAACGAUCCCUUGCCACUCCCGGGCGUUUCUCCUCCUCUUGGGUCUACUUCCGGAAGAUGGAUGCAAUGGAAAAGGGCCCAUCUGCCACUGCCAAUUCCGAUUCGAGUGAUAACGACGACAACGGAGAGGACGACGAAGAUGAAAAUGAGGACGACACCAACAUACCCACCACCAACACACGCAGUCUCCACCGUCUGAUGACCAAUGGAGGAGCAGCAAGAGGAGGAGGAGGAGGAGGAAGUGGUGGCGGAUUAGGGUUUCGUCUUAGAAUUCCCAAUCGGCCCAGUCCGGUGCAGCCUGUAACCGGGUUCCGGUCAAAGAAUUAUGGUAGGGUUGAUGAACUUCCGAACCCUAACCCUAAUAUUAAUACUUGGUAUUUUAAUGGUUCUUCUUCCACAAGGUCGGGAUUUGGGAAGAGGAGGAAUGAUGAUGAUGGUGGUGGUGGUGGUGGUGGAGCUGAAGAGAUUAAGAGAGAGACGGAUCCAGUUUCGGAGAUGGUUUCGUCAAUUAAAUUGUUGGGUGAAGGGUUUGUCAAGAUGGAGCAGAUGAAGAUAGAGAUGGCCAGGGAGAUUGAGCGGAUGCGUAUGGAGAUGGAAAUGAAGCGAACUGAAAUGAUCCUCGAGUCUCAGGAGCGAAUUGUUGAUGCAUUUACAAAGGGGUUUUCUGGGAAGAAGAAGGUCAAGAGGAUGUCAUCACCGGAUUCAUAGAUGGGGAUACAGAAUUUUUUAUUUUUUUUUCGGUCGUUUAUUGUGCUCUUCUUCUGGGUACUCGGAGAAUUUCAAGAAUAGGUUUUUAGGAGGCUAAAUUCUGAUGAACCAGGUAUUGAAGUGCCUUUGCCCAUUACAUGGCCAUUGACUGUGGAGAUAUGGGAGUUGGUGAGUUAGAGGAUUCUGACUAUUGCCAUUUAUCUAUUUUCCGGCAUUGUGCUUUUCUUUAAAUUGUUGACCGACCGAUCACAAGUUCAGAACUUGUCUCGUUCUUGUAAUUUGUUUGUUUGUUUGUUUGUUUUUGAAGAAAAAUGUAGUUUUGCAUAGAAAUUCCACAUGUAGAGCCAAUAAAGUUGUUCACUUCAUUACUUGAAAAUUUAUUAGGCUUUAUAUGUUUAUGUUUUUCAUGUAUGAGAUGCCUAUGCAUCAUUGAAGAUGCAUAUUGGAUUUCCUCUACCUUGUUGAGGCAUCUCUUAUUCUGGUCCUUAACUUCUUUUGUGCAAAUCUAAAUUUGGGAUGGCCCACUUUCUCA